UUCCGGCCCGCUGCCCUCCGCAGGAAGGAGGAGAGACGCACCGGAGCGCGCUCGGUCGGACUCGGUUCAUUCCGACUAUGGACGUUGUGCCGGUGAGAGGUCUCCGUGUGUUGCUGCUGCUGCUGCCGCUGCUGAGGCCCCGUGUCCGGGCCUCUGAGCCCCGGGCCUCCCGCGCCUCAAUGGACGAUGACUUCCUGCUGCCAUACGCCCCCGGCCACGGCCCCUCCCACUCCCAUCGCCAUACUCGAGACUGUCAGCCCAUCCAUCAUGGAAACACCACCCACGAGAGCCGGCCCGCCAGUAGCCACAGCGGGCUGCCGUUCGUCCAAUCAAACGCUUUCGUCACCGACGUGCCGGGAAGCUCCAGAUUCGCUUACGGCCACAUGACGGUGGUCCGGGACCCGCUGAGGACGGUGUCCGUGCUGGAGCCGGCCGGGCCGGGCGGCUGCUGGUUGAACAUGAGGUCCUCGGUGGAGGAGACGGCCAAAGCUGCCGGGUGUGUGUACGCCCUGAACGCCGGCUUCUUCGACCCGCACACGGGAAAGUGUCUGGGAAACCUGGUGAGCGAUUCUAAGAGGGUGCUGGACAGCGGCGGCGUGCAGAACGCCCAGUUUGGAAUCCGGAGGGACGGCACCCUCGUGUUCGGGUAUCUGUCUCAGGGAGAGGUGAAUGAUCCCUUCAACCCGUUCGUCCAGCUGGUCGGUGGCGUGGUGUGGCUGCUGAGGAGCGGAGAGGUCUACAUCAACCAGAGCCUGGAGGCCGAGUGCGACGCCACACAGACCACGGGGCAACUCCGCAAUUUUGUGGAUGUGGUGUCGGCCAGGACGGCGGUGGGUCACGACGCCGAGGGCCGACUGGUCCUCUUCCACCUCGAGGGACAGACGGGCGUCCGAGGGAUGAGUCUCUGGGAGGUGGCUGCGUUCCUGAAGAAGAACGGAGUGGUCAAUGCCAUUAACUUGGAUGGAGGCGGGUCUACCUCCUUCGUGGUUAACGGCUCACUGACCGGCUACCCCAGUGACCACUGCAUACCGGACAGCAGGUGGCGCUGUGGCCGGGAAGUCUCCUCUAUCCUGUGUGUUCACCCGCGGCGCUGUGCGUCGCAGGACUGCAGUGGACACGGUGGCUGUGUGGACGGACAGUGUGUGUGUCAGCCGGGCUGGACGGGCACGUCCUGUCACAAUCUGGUGUGCCAGCCGCCAGCCUGCGGCGCCCACGGGCUCUGCACCGCCAAUGGCUGCGUCUGUGAUGCAGGAUGGAACGGGACCAACUGCAGCCAAGAGUGCCUCCCGGGGUUCUACGGUGACGGCUGCAACCAGGCCUGCGACUGUGCCACCGGCAGCUCCUGUGACCCCGUCCACGGCCGCUGCACCUGCCCCCCCGGCUUUCAGGGCAACACCUGUGAACAAGUGUGUCCUCUGGGGUUCUUCGGUCUGUCCUGCGCUCAGGAGUGUCACUGUGACGACCAGUGUCCAUGUGACCCACAGACAGGAAGCUGCAACACCACGCUGCCACUUGUGACCAACAACACCUUACACAGAGCUGGCGUCUGUCUAGCCAAACAGAUGACGUCUCGGAGACAAGAGGAUGAAGCUCACAGCAGAGGAGAGCAGCCGUAUCUAACUGAGCCAACAUGGCUGAUCAUCAACCUCACCUUGGCCACUCUGCUGUCGGCCAGCCUGCUGGUUCACCUGGUGCAGGCCUGUCGCGGCUCGGGUCCAAACCAGCGCGGUGGCUACUCCUACGUCCCGCUGGCCGACAUCAACGACUCAGGCCGAACAUGAGUGAGGACCUCUUUCCUCUGCUCACAGCGGUUUCCUCUGUUUCUGGAAGGAGGUGGAGGCUGCAGGGAGGUCACAUGCUUUGUCACAUCCGUCCCACUCAGACGAUAUUGAACUUCCUCUCUGGUGUUUUAAAUUGAAGCGGUUUGUGAGGUUCAUGUGAAGUCCUGAUUCCUGUCAGCCUCGUGAUCUGAUGCAGACCCUCAUGUCUCCUGCAGACGCACCAUGCACCAGUUACCAGUUACCAGUUACCAGUGACUUUCCUCUCAUGGACUUUUUCUCAAAGAAACUUUGCUGCCAUGGAAUUUAAGGAUUUGUUCUCAAAUGUUUUGUAAUCUUGGGUUUUUGCCGAAUAAAAGGGUAAAGGUUUAAAAA